CCAUAACAAAGCCUAAUCCUGUGAACUUUGACCCAUCCAGGUACGUAGGGGACAUGUUAGCGUGGCUGCACCAAGCCACCGCAUCAGAGAAGGAGCAUCUGGAGGCCCUGCUGAAACAGGUCACAGCACAAGCGCCAGGAGUGGAUGAGACCAUGCAAGAGGUGGUGGGACACAUCACUGAGGGAGUCUGCAGACCUCUUAAAGUGCGUCUGGAGCAGGGAAUCUUGGCUGAGCCGGGUUCUGUUCUCCUCUACAAGCUGUCCAACCUGCUCAAGUUCUACCACCACACCAUCAGCCAUAAGACUCCUGAACAGACCAUCGAAGAGAUGCACAUUCUAAGCAAGAAGAUGUUUUUCAACAGUCUCAGUCUCCACGCUAGCAGGCUCAUGGACAAGGUGGAGCUCCCCCCUCCAGAUCUGGGCCCCACCUCCUCUCUGACCCAGACCCUGGCUCUCCUGAGGGAGGUGUUGGCCUCUCAUGACUCCUCUGUUGUUCCUCUGGACGCUCGUCAGGCUGACUUCGCUCAGGUGUUGUCUUGUAUCCUGGACCCAUUGCUCCAACUGUGUACAGUUUCAGCCAGUAACCUCGGUACCGCAGACAUGGCAACAUACAUGGUGAACUCUCUGUAUGUGAUGAAGACCACCCUGGCUCUGUUUGAGUUCACAGACAAGAGGCUGGAGAUGCUGGAGUUCCAGAUUGAAGCUCACCUGGACACGCUGAUCAACGAACAGGCUUCGUUCGUUCUGACCCGUGCUGGACUGAGUUACAUCUACAGCUGUGUACAGCAGCACAGUCCAGAACAGGGGCCUCUGUCUACUCCCAGCAUGGACAGCUCCUCUCUGAAAGCAUCGAUGACCCAGUUUGAUCGUUACCUGUCUUCUCCUGAUACCAUGGUGAUGUCUCAACUCAACUUCCUCCUCAGUGCUGCCAUCAAGUGA